UUGAAACCCUUUUGUAGCCAUUUUUGCGCGACAAACUGUUAUCCAAAAAGGAUGUCUGCUUGACGUUUUUUUAUUGAUGAUAGCGAACUUUUAUUUGGCUUUUUCUCUUAUUUGAUGGACUAAUGGUGUCUUGUUUUACAUUCGAUCCUCCAUCUUUCUAAAAUCUGAGGCGUUUAUUUUUACAAAUUUCUAAUGUGACUCGUGACAGCAGUAAACAUGUCUGAAUGUAAUUGAAUGAGCAAAUCAAAAAUUUUUUUCAUUCAUCAUGGAGUCUACUAAGGAAAUGCUUCUACCUCGCCCCGAAGUUGAUGGAAUUCAACAGUCCCAGAUUGAAAUGGUUACAGUGGGCCAAGAUCCAGGAAUGAGAUUGAUGAAUGAUGCUCAAGUUGACCAGCAGCGUGAUGCUCUUCUCUCCAAAGAUAUUGUAUUGCACCCCAGUCAUGUGUACGCCUCUGAUCCCAAUCUAGCAAUGAUGCCUGACAGCAGCAGCAGAGCUAGGCUUAGGAGAAUACUCAGCUCUCACCGUUUUCAGGUGUUUGUCGUUUCCUUUGUAAUAGUGGACUGCAUGGUGGUGAUUGCCGAACUGCUAAUGGACCUGAGAAUUCUUGGAAUGAUGGAAGAAUAUGGAAUGAAAAAUCGGAACAAGGUUUCCCUGGAAGCCCAUUACAUUGUCCCUGAUGUCCUGCACAGCAUCAGUAUAGCUAUACUGGCCAUGUUUCUGCUAGAAACGGUCAUCAAGAUUGCAGCUUUUGGCUUGUCCUUUCUCAGGAUGGGCUGGGAAAUAUUCGACACUGUCGUCAUUUGUGUGACGUUCGUGUUGGACGUCUUGAUGCAACACUCUCACUCUUCGACCAACGGCCUGGGCUUGUUCAUCAUUUUACGUCUGUGGCGAGUGGCUCGCAUCCUCAACGGAAUGGUCCGUUCAGUGAGGAGUCAGGCUGUCCGGCACGUCGAAUGCGAGAAACGUCGACGCGAGGUUCUCGAGGAUGAACUGCUCAAAUAUCGGGAACUCUGCCAACGUCAGAAGAAACUGCUUGCCGAAAUGGAGAAUCUUUUAAAGAAUCACAACAUUCCUCUACCUGACAAUUUAGUAAUGCUACCAUCCCCUUAGUGUGAAUAGAAAAAAUUCUAAUUUAGCGACAAUUAUUGACCACAAAUUUGCUCACAUUUCACUGCUAAUGUCAAACAAAUCAUUGGCCCCUAUUCCGUUGGUUUUCCGUUCCACUCUUUUUCAGGGACUCGCUUUGUUCGGCAAACGUACAUAUAUAAGUAUAAUCAUGACAAUUUUGAAAUAACUCACAAUGCCACUCCUCAGGCUAACAAGAAUUCAACCAAUAAUUAGGACUAGAAAUAGAAGUGCAAUGCGGUUUGUUCAUUCCAAUUUAGCUGCAAUUAGCUAAAGUCUGUCUGUGUGGUUGUGCCGUGUUCGUCUGUAUCAAAUGAUGAUUAAGUAUCACGCUAUUAUGUGUUUGAUCAAGUGAGCCAUUGAACUAAAAAACUGGGACAUGGUGCUUAUACAUCCACUAAAAUUCCUUGCGUAUUGUUGUUAUGCAAUUAUUUGUUAUUACACAUUUUUCGAGAAGAA